AUGUUGGCUAUACUUUCCUCCCAUGGAGGACACAGAAGAGCACACACUCUCUUUCUACCUUUGUUCUUGACCAUAGAAAUUUUAUCCUUCUCAAGCUUAUUAGCAGAAGCUAACCAAGCUUCUUCACCAUCCCAUUUCUCCAAAUUCUCUCGAGGAGGACCCUCCAAAGAAGCCAACAAUAAUAUUCCAUCGUUUUGCAAACAUACUCCUCACCAAGCAGCUUGUGAAUCUAUUUUCAUCUCCUCAUCAUCCAAAACAAGUACUACUUAUAAAGAAGCCCCUCAAACCCUUGAAAAUCUCUUUGUCCAGUCAGUCGACUUCAGCAUAAUUAAGGCUCAUUUGGCUCGAGCCCUUGCCUAUAACUUCACCAUUUCCCAUCGUCAAAAUGCUCACCAACCCCACUUGCCUGGUGGCAUCAACGACUGCCUUGAGCUGCUCGAGGACAGUAUCUAUUCACUCGAUAAUGUCAUACGCAAGCACGACAAAAGUACUAAGAGCAGCACCUAUGGCCAUGUUGACGAUGAUGUCCAAACCUGGCUCAGUGCUGCUCUUACCAAUCAAGAAACUUGUCUGGAGAGCCUUGAGAAUGACAAGUCUAAGGUAGACAAGGGCCUCAUGGAGACUUCAGCUAAGAACUUGAGCCAAUUCAUAAGCAACUCCCUAUCACUUUUCAUGAUGACUAGUAGAGCUAAAUACACAAACCCUAAUGUUGUCGGCGGCCGGAGGCUGUUGUCGGAUGAUUUUCCGACAUGGGUCUCAGGCACGGAGAGGAAGCUUCUAGAAGCUUCUGUGGAUGAAUUGGAAGCACAUGCUGUGGUGGCUUUGGAUGGGAGUGGCACGCACAAAAGUAUUGGUGAGGCACUUGGGCUAGUGGCCUCAUUGGAGGAGAGUGGUACAACUGGAGGCAGAUCUGUAAUUCACGUAAAAGCCGGGACUUAUAAUGAAUACAUAAACAUACCCACCAAGCAGAAGAACGUUAUGUUAAUUGGUGAUGGAUUGGGGAAGACUGUUAUUGUGGGCAGUAGGAGUUCGGAAGCUGGUUGGACAACUUACCAGUCUGCCACUGUGGCUGCUAUGGGUGAUGGAUUUAUAGCACGCGACAUAACAUUUGUGAAUAGCGCCGGCCCUGCAAAGGAACAAGCUGUUGCUCUCCGAGUUGGUGCAGACAAGUCAGUGAUUUUCAGAUGCUCCAUAGUUGGCUACCAAGACACCCUCUACACUCACUCCAAGCGCCAGUUCUACAGAGAAACCCAAAUCUAUGGAACUGUCGAUUUCAUAUUCGGAAACUCAGCUGUGGUUUUCCAAAACUGCAACAUAUUUGCAAGAAAGCCUGCAUCAUCUGGCCUCAAAAACUUCGUCACAGCACAAGGCAGAAGCAGCCCAGAUCAAAACACAGGCAUUUCAAUCCAUAACUGCAAAAUAUCAGCUGCAUCAGAUCUUGCUCCAGUCAAAUCCAAUUAUGAGACAUAUCUUGGGAGGCCAUGGAAGCAGUAUUCUAGAACAGUUGUUAUGCAGUCUUUUUUGGAUGACUCAAUAAAUAGAGCUGGGUGGUCUCCUUGGGCAGGUGGGUCUGCCUCAAAGACUUUGUAUUAUGGUGAGUACUUGAAUUUUGGGCCUGGGGCUUCAACUUCAGGUAGGGUUCAGUGGCCUGGAUACCAUGCUUCAAUUACAACAACUGAAGCUCAAGGUUUUACUGUUGGUGGUUUCAUUUCUGGGAACCUUUGGUUGCCUUCCACCGGGGUGUCUUUCGAUUCAGGAUUGAUUAGCUGA